AUGUCUCACCCGGGAGAAAUUGUCUUCCCGGCAAUUAACAAAUUAGUCAUUCGACGUUUACUGCUUCGUAACAACACAAAAACAGAUUUUGCUGUAAAACUGAGAACAAAUAGUGCGGCAUUGGUAAUAGAACCAUCGCAGGGAUUUCUUCGAUCCGGUCGUACCCAAUCAGUUUCGCUUCGUUUUGAUGGUACUCAUAAAGCAUCAAAGCAGAAGCAAUCAGUAGAAAUUUAUUGUCGUCCGGUGAAUAGAAGAACAGAGGCUGAGUGUCGUCGCUGGUUUUUAACGCCAGUAGAAAUCGGAGAAUCGUGUAAGCAACUUGCACAAACACUAAGAAUCAAAACAAGUACCGGUUUCACACCUCUUGAGACAGUUCUUGAUCUUCCAUGUCUAGCGAUUGCUAUUCAAGCAGAACAGCAUCCGACGCUUUUCACUGAUGAUUCGGAUACAGUUACUGCUCAUCAAAUUGAUAGCGGGACAACAACUGCCUGUGAGAUAUCAGAAACAGAAAUAUUGGCAAUGCUUCCACCGGACUGGGCACUGAAUACAGCACAAGGAAUCGAUGAAAGCAACUGGAAUCAGAAUAUUUUAUCUUGGUCACGUCUUUCAUGUGGUUGGCUUGAGAAAUUCUUCGAUUCAAUCUUUCCACCAGAUCAAACACAGGAAACAAUUGCACCCUGCGGAACGAGCAGAUAA